UUGUAAAAGAAUGGUAAGAAUGAUUAGCUUAGGCUAUCCACUCAUAAUAUCUUUAUCCAUUCUAUCCCAAGGCUUCCUGUUUUCCUUGUCAAAGUCUGUUCGAAAAGCAGAGAAUGACGUCUUACUAGAUACAAUUGCUCUAAGGAAAGCUUUUAGGAAUGGAGACACAAUAUACAAAUCCUCAACUAACCCGCAGGACCAGUACUCUAUGGAUGAAGGAGAGGAAGAACGAAGCAUAAAGAGUGUAGGGUCCGAAAACAGUUACUUCAGUCAUGAUGUUAACCCAUUAAAUGUCGGCGUGAAACAGAUUCCAUAUUCAUCACUUAAGAGUGCACCUCAAAAUUCUGAGAUUGGAGAUGAGAAUGUUGAGCUAACGCAUGAAAGAAGAGAUAUCGGGGAAGAAGAAAAUGCAGCAAAGUUCCCAAUUGGCAGAAGAGACUUUGAUAUGCUCCGAUGCAUGCUGGGAAGAGUUUAUCGACCUUGCUGGCAGAUCUGAUACACUGAAGAUUUUACAAGUCGUGGUCACCUGAAUGAUGGAGUGCCUGGACAACUAAAAACACACAUUUUGCAUUAUGUAU